GACGCUCUCUCCGGCUGACCCCGCCCUCCCUUUGGAGAGCAACGGCCAUUCGCGAUUCGGGAGAGGAGGGAGAGAAAAACUGAGGCCUCUGAGCGGGACUACAUCCCCCAUAGUGCCAAGCGCGCAAGAGGAGCGGAAUGGGGUCCGCCCUCGGCCGCCUGCCCCCUCCCCGCCAGAGCGCCCGGAUAAAGGUUCCGUUCCGUGCGCAGUGCGGCUUGGUGGUGCGACGCUGCUGACAGGGGAGGGAGAGGCGGAGGAGGAGGCGGCAGCCACGGAGUCUGUGAGUGAGGCGGCGGCGGCAGCAGCAGCAGCAGCAGCAGCAGCAGCAGCAGCAGCAGCCUGGCAGCCCCCGAAUCGCCCCCCUGGUGGGCAGAGGAGGAAGAGGAAGAGGAGGCGGAGGAGUCUGGGACGGAGAUGUCAGGGGGCUCCUCGGCGCGAGGGGGCGGAGGGCUACACCGCGAGCUGUGCCGCGCCUUCGGCCACUGCAACCGGCACCUGGCGCGGCUGCAGCACAACCUGCGCGAGACCAAGAAGUUCUUCCGCGACGUCAAGUACUCCCAAGGGGCGGCCGUCUUCCCCGUCGCCUCUGCUGCUGCUGCUGCUGCUGCUGCUGGAGGCAAUGGCUGUGCCGGGCCCGCCUCGGAGGAGACGCCGCCUCUGCCGCCUUUGCCUCUGCCUUUGCCCCCCCCUCCUCCUCCUCCUCCGGACCCCGACAGCGCCCCUAGUGGCGGGGUUGCGCCACUGCAGGCCGAAUGUAACUCAGCAGCUGGCUUUUUAAAAAAAACACCUUUAUAUCCUCCCUUGUUUUCCCUUCCACUCCCACUUAUCCAAAAUGAAAAAUAAAAAUAAAUCCAUGUCAACCAAUCAUUGCCAAACUAACAUGUGAAGAAUGUUCUCCCAGAUCGCCAAAAUCUUAGGAUGGGUAGCAGUAGAAAGAAGAAAGAUGCAUCACUCUUCUGGGAUGGAUUUACCGCAAUACGAGCUCUUGUGGGCAGGAGACUAAAAUAUUUACCUUCUGAGCAAACACUUGAAAAGGGACUGUUGGUGUUAUAAUGCUAUGUUGUAUAUGCUGAUGCAUCUUACUGCACUCCAGCUUGCUUUCCCCCUAAACUGUUUCCCCAUGGAUCUAGUCUUAGUUGAGUGUUGUAGUAGUAGUAGUAGUAGUAGUAGUAAUAGGAUUUAUUUAUAUACCGCACAAUCACUGGGAAUCCGAGCAGUUUACAACAGACGGGAUAAUAGACGCUAAUAGUAAAUAGGAAACAGUAUUUGUUGAGAUUGAAGGGAGCCAAAAUUAUUUGAACUGUAUUGUACUGUGAAACUCAUCUGAAUGAAGCAGCAAAUAAACAUUUUGGAAGUUACAUAGAUGGAACUGAAUACAGCCAUGGUGUGGGUACACACUUGGUUGUUCAUUUUCAUCAAUAGCCUAAAUUUCAAAGGAUCUGAAAGUCUUGCCAAUUUAUUUGUUGGAAGGCAUUUUAUGAAAUGUCGAGCAUGUAAAUGGGUGGGAGUUACAAUGAUGGGUAGACUGUAAUUUUGUGUGCGCUUAGGCUGCGGUCUUGUGAUCCUAGGGAGGCAGGCACUUUUGGAUCUUCACUUCACAGGGUGGAGAGAGAAAACAGGUCCAGUUUCUGAGUGUGGAGAUCUGGCCAUGGAGAGCCACUCCCAGAUGCAGAAAUGUUGACAGCCCUUCACCUGCCUCUCAGUUUUGGGCCUUUAAUGUUGGUAGAGCCCCCCCCCCCCCCCAAAAAAAAAAAGAUGUACUGUGAACAUAUUAAAGGCAAUAGAGGGAAGUCUUUCCAUUUCCCUGACAGUCCCACAGAACUAUGGAAAAUAUAGGCCAGUUUGGUAGAAUGAGAGCUCGCGUUGCUCAUAACAGCUAGUAGUACAUUUCAUUGACAGCAGCACUUGUGGGUCUCUAAGUCCUUUUUAAAAGUACCACAUGACUUCCCUUCCCUUUCCUCCUUACUUAACUCUGAACUUGUGGGAUUUUUUGGAAGGUUAAUGGAGAUAAUCAUUAAAGUAUUAAAGCAAAUAAGUUUCUUCAGUGUUUUGUGUUGUAAUCAAGCCCUCUGGAAUAUCUUCAAAUAUACAAGGGAAAUAAUUGUUUUGAUGUGUUUUAGGUGGAUUUUUGUAGAACAGAAAGAAGAAACAUAUGGCACACCAGAUAUACCUAGGCUUUUAUUUUAUUGAUUCUUAUCUAGCCUGUUCCCCAGAUUAGACUCAAAGCGGCCAUUAUCUCUUACCAUUGGUUGUGCUAGCUAGGGAUGCAAGCAGCAGUUCAACAAC